UCUUCUGGCUAUUCUGAAAUCCAAAUUAGUAGAAUAAACAGCUCUAACUAGCAAUAAUGGAAACAGUGGAAGCACACUUGAUCUAACAUGGAGUGCCCGUGGAGAAGAGAGGAACACACAGAUAUCCUCCCAUCCGUCCAUAGGUUAAAAGGCCGGCACCCGCACAACGCCGAGCUCCAUCUCCUAUCCUCCUCCACCUCCCCCUCUCUCCACCCCACCUCGCCCUCCCCUCCCUCUCCAAACCCCCGGCAGCCAUAGCCACCGGGAGGGCUGGAGCUGGGGAAGGAGGCAUUCCUUGAAGCCUGCGCGCCCCCUACCCAGAUCCGCUUUUUCGGGUAGUCUUGGGCGAUCUGGACUCUCCCCCAAAUCGUCUGUUGCAGAGACAAGAAGUUGCCCUCGCCUCUGCUCGUUGUUCUCCUUAGCCUAGGAUCAAAAGCAGCCGUCUUUUGCAUUCAUUGUUCUUCGUCGGCCCCUUCGGAGACCACCCUCGUCAAGAUUUGGUGGGAACCCAAUUCGCAGGGGUUCCUCGUGGAAAGGCGCCGCUUCGAUUCUUGUUUCUCCACCGUUUUCCACCCCCUAUAUAUCUCCACCUCCUGUCCACCUACUCGCCUAACUUCCUUUUACUUUGAUCCGCCCCGUCUCGGUAUUCGAUCGCUGUCCGUCCGGCAGUUUCUUGAUUUGACGCAGGCCAGAUCGCUUUCUGGUGUUUUCUUUUCCCCGGAGUGGUUGAGGCGGUCCCCGUCCUCGGUCGGAGACGGACAUGGCGGCGGCGAACGGAGGCGGCGCGGCGCUGUUCAGCGAGGAGGAACUCCGGGAUGUGAGCGGGCUGCGCCUGCGCGAGGGCUUCGUGGAGAUGAUGUGCGGAUGCACCAGCCGCCGCUACGGCGACGCCGUCGGCCGCCUCUUAAUCUACCCGUCCGGCGAGCUGGAGAUUAGCUGCGACUGCACGCCCGGCUGCCGCGAAGAAAAGCUGACUCCUUCAGCGUUUGAGAAGCACUCUGGAAGGGAGACUGCAGGAAAGUGGAGGAACACCGUGUGGGUCAUGAUUGAUGGAGAAAAGGUUCCACUGGGAAAGACGGAAUUUCUCAAAUACUACAGCCUGUCAAACAAGUCUGUUAAUGGCUCGAACAGAAGUCGUAAUGGACGCCCAUUGCACCGUGAUGAGUUCAUCCGCUGUACAAGAUGUGACAAGGAGAGGAGGUUUCGUCUUCGGACCAAAGAAGAGUGCCGUAUUUACCAUGAUGCUCUUGCAAAACCUAACCGGACAUGUGCAAAUUUGACGGCUGACAGCGUCACCUGCGAUGACGACGAGGAGCGAGGGAGCCGCAAGGUGCUCAAGGGGUGCUCGCGCGCGGCGUCGUGCGCGGGCUGCGAGAAGUGCGUGUGCUUCGGGUGCGAGAUGUGCCGCUUCACCGACUGCGGAUGCCAGACCUGCGUCGACUUCUACCGCAACUCCAAGGAGUAGGAUAUGAUCAUCUCAGCCGCCAUUCGUUCCAUUGCAUUCGUUAAGAACACCUAAAAAGGCCCACCCCCUCCCUCUGGCUGUUGCCCAUGGCGAUCCGGAGGGGGGCAGGCUCUGUAGCUAUUUCCACCCCGGCACAUCACCGGGGAGGAGAGGGACCCUAUUCCGAGAGAUAACGAAAACAUUGUUAUGUUGUUUCGUUCGUCCGUGUCUUCGCUUUGCUUCCGUUUCCAUAAGACCCAACCGGGGAGGCAAAGUCAGUUGUAGUACCUGUUGUUACCGCAUACCGUUCACCAAUUGUUUACAUUGAAA